CGACACUGUCCGUAGGCGCACAUUGCCUCAGUCGUUUCCGGUGUUCUCAGUUCCAUUUGGCAUCUUCUCCCCCCGGCGAACAAAAAAGUAGCCUGAGAGGGGAAACAAUGGCGGACACAGUGUUGCAGGACCGCCUCCGCGAACAGCCAAAGGCCUUCGAUGGCCUCCUUUCUCUUAUUCCGGCCAAGUUGUACUACGGGGUGGACACCAGUGAUCAACGGCGGGGGAAGAAGCAGACCAAAGAGGAGGCCAAAGCUGCAAGGCGGGGAAAGCUGGAUCCCGACAGCGAGCUGAACCGCGAUGCGAAGGAGGUCAUGGACGAGCGCGCGCGGAACAAGCGCAAGCUUCAGGAGAUGGAAGCCGAAGAGCAGAGCGACGGGACCUCCGAGCAAGAUGACGACAGCGAUUUGCCCAGGAUAGAGAAGGAGAAACCCGGAGAGGGGCUGAAGAAGAAGAAACCGAAGCUAGACGAAGAGGUGGAGGGAGGGGAAGAGCCAGCUUCGAAGAAGGUGAAGAGCACCGACGGGAAGGAAGCGGUCGUCGACGCAGCUCCGGAGAGCAAGACACGGAAGGCUAAGGAGGAGAAGAAGCUGGCGAAGAAGCAGAAGAAGGAGGAGGCGAAGAAGCGGAAGAAAGAGGAGGCAAAGAAAGCGAAAGCGGAAAGCGCUGAAAAGAGCGGGAAACUAGGAAAGGGGGAGAAGGCGGUUGCCGCUGACGAAGAUGAUGUCGAAGAGUCCGCAGCAAAGGAACCACCACCUGCGCAAGGGUCCACCGAGGUUGAGAGCGAGAAAGACAAGGAUAUGGAGCCGAUCGAUGUGUCGGGGCUUGCGAAUGAAGACGAGAACGUCUCGGCAGGGUCGGACUCGUCAGCAGACUCAGCUCCCGACUCUCCCACCUUCGACACCGCCAAAAACGCCUCAGCUGAACCCGCCAGCGCCACGACAUCCAUCUCCUCUGCCGUUCCGCCAUCAGAGAAGCCCAAGUACCUCAAGAUUCCCGCCGACACGACCGCGCUUCGCGCUCGCCUCCAGGCCAAACUCGCCGCCAUGCGCGCAGCUCGCAAAAUGGAGGACGCCGAGGGCAGACCUAUCCGGACGAGGGAGGAUUUGAUCGAGGCACGGCGAGCAAAGCAAGCGCAACGCAAGGCGCACAAGAAGGAGAUGCGCCGGCUAGCCAAGGAAGAGGAGGAGAGGAAACGGGAGCAAGCGCUCGCGAGCUCGCGCAACUCGCCCGGCCUCAGCCCCCUCUUCGACAAGGAAGAUGACCGCAGCACCAAUCACUUCGCCUUCGGCCGCAUGACCUUCUCAGACGGCACCCAGCUGUCACACGACCUGAGCUACGAAAAGUCGCCGGGGAGCGCCAAGAAGAAGGGCCCCAGCGACCCGAAAUCAGCGCUACAAAAGCUCGAGGCGCAGAAGAAGCGCCUCGCCGCCAUGGACGAGGACAAGCGCAAGGAGGUGCUCGAGAAGGAGACCUGGCUGGCAGCGCGCAAGCGGGCCGAGGGCCAGAAGGUGCACGACAACGAGUCGCUGCUCAAGAAGGCGCUCAAGCGCAAGGAGAAGGCCAAGAAGAAGUCGGCGCGCGAGUGGAAGGAGCGCACCGAGGGCGUCAAGGCGGCCAUCAAGGAGCGCCAGCGCAAGCGCGAGGAAAACAUCCGCAAGCGCCGCGAGGAGAAGCUCGCCCACAAGGCCGGCAAGAAGAAGAACAAGGGCGUCGCCACGAAGAAGAAGAACAGGCCCGGCUUUGAGGGCGGGUUCGGUAGUGGGCGGAAGUAGAAGGGAUGGCGGGGUGGGCGGGUGAUGAAUCGAAUCGACGUUGCUGCUGAAAAGUCUGGGGCGGCCAAUUGUCAUUGGAAGAAUGGGCUGCAGUCGGUUGCUGCGGUCUUUGUUUACAUUUUUGUUAUCGAGGUUGGGUGUCUGGCGUUGUCGCUUUCCCGGAUGCAUCGCGGUAUAUUUCUUGGGCCUCCUCUUCGUGUCUGGACCGCAUAUGCAUGUUGUGCUGGAGUCGAGUGGAUAGGAAAAUAUCACGCGAGGUCUGAUGUUGAUCGC